UUGUUGCCAAAACAAAACUCUCGAAGAAUUUUUAAAGUUUUUUUCGAAUUUCUGCGAAUUUUUAGCAUAAAUCGAUGAUUUUGCUGCUGCGAUUUUCCCCAAACGCUUACUACAAAGGUAUUUCUUGCCAGCACACGAUUGCCGGAAAAUGUUGGCAAUGAGCUGCUCUGCUCUUCCCGUUCCGCGCUGACCUCGGCUGCCCAAUAAAAGUGAAAGUGUCGGUGCGGAAAGCUGAUAAGAAUCAACCAUGGAAACAGGCAGUAAAACUGAGAUCAAGAUCAAGGAGAAGCUCAAUCAACACGUUAAAAAACGGUUGCAGGAAGGAUCCAUCCAAGGACCAACGCACGACAAAGGCGUAGGCCCCGAAGCCCCUCGGAACAAGCGCCAGAAAACGAAGAACGGCUCCAAAAAAGCGAAACCGACCCAGAUCCCGGCACCGAGCGGUGCUACCGCAACAAAGUGUCCCGAUUCGUUGCUAUCGCCCGGUGCGGCCAACAGCAACGAUACCACAAACAGCAGCAUCAACUCAACGGACCAAGAUGCGGAGUUGAAUGACCGGGAAGUGUGCGAUCGAGGCGGGACAAGUGAUAAGCCCGUGAAAUCGGGCAAACAGAUGGACAUCUUCUCCUUAUUGCUGAACCAAAAAAAGGGUUCCCUGAUGCGCGAUCCGGAAGUGCUGGCAUGUUUAAACGCGCUUAGUGAACGGAAAAAAUAAGCCUACGGAUAUGCUGCUGAGAGUUGUUUCCACGUUAUUGUGUUCACAGCUUCGCUGACCCUCGGAAAACGUGCCCACAAUAAAAACUAAACCUAGAUAACACGUUGCUGACCCGUUAAUAUCACUAAAGUUAUUCGAAACCGCGUUCGGUUGGAGUCAUCACCAAUGGUUCCAUGAAUUUAGUAGAUAAUCG